UUGUAUCAUGCCAUUUGCUGUUUGGCGUGUGGGGAUGUACUUGGGGAUAAGACAGACACGAUCUCCGCUCACAUGGGGCUUAUGGUCUGGUGCAAGGAUACCGGGAAAUGGACCAGAAGAUUUCCAACACUGACGAGCUGCAGAAGGAGAGGAAACAGAGUGGAUGCAGUAAGGAUGAGUCUCUGGGGGUGAAUAUGUUGUACAGGUUCGUCAGAGGAGCCCGCACCACCGAGGGGACAUCUGAGCAGAGACCCGGAUGACACAAAGAAACCAGCCUGAGAAUGAGAGAGGAACAGCAAGUGGCAAGUGCCGAGGCUUUCAGGCAGGGGUGAGGUUGCCACCUUCAUGAGCCAGGGAGAAGGCCCGCAGGGCUGAAGUGCAGUGAGCGAGAGGGAGAGAGGGUGGAAGGAUCGGAGAAGUGAAAGUCACAGACAAGGUCGAGCAGAAGAGGGAAACAUGAGGCUGUGCUGAGUGUGCAUCCACAGCGAGAUUCUCGUACCGUCGCCGCCCACAGCGCUUCCGUUGUGGUUGGUGAUCAUAGGGACGAGGAAUGCCAUGUUAAUUCUGGGGCAUUGAUGUUUUACAAUGCCUGAUCAAGACAAAAAGGCGAAGACCACAGAAAAACCAACUGAUAAAAAACAACAAGGAGUCACCACCAGGGACUAUUCAGAUCUUAAAAGACUUCGUUGCCUUUUGAACGUUCAAUCAAGCAAACAACAGCUUCCAGCCAUUAACUUCGAUAGUGCCCAAAAUAGCAUGACGAAGUCUGAGCCUGCCAUCAAGGUGGGUGGACACAGAACCCGAGGUCAGUGGCAUGAGUCCACAGAAGCUGUUGAACUUGAAAAUUUUAGUAUAAACUACAAGAAUGAGAGAAACUUCAGUAAACAUCCGCAGCAUAAACUAUUUCAGGAGAUCUUUACAGCCUUGGUGAAAAAUAGACUCAUAUGCAGAGAGUGGGUUAAUCGAGCCCCAUCUAUUCACUUUCUGAGAGUAUUAAUCUGUCUGAGACUACUAAUGAGGGAUCCAUGUUAUCAGGAGAUACUCCAUAGCUUGGGUGGGAUUGAAAACCUAGCGCAGUACAUGGAGAUCGUGGCCAAUGAGUACCUCGGCUAUGGGGAAGACCAGCACAGUGUGGACAAGCUGGUCAACAUGACAUAUAUUUUUCAAAAACUUGCUGCUGUCAAAGACCAAAGAGAAUGGGUCACCACAAGUGGAGCCCACAAGACAUUAGUAAAUUUACUUGGUGCCCGAGAUACUAAUGUUUUGCUGGGUGCCCUUCUGGCUCUGGCUAGUUUAGCUGAAAGUCCAGAAUGUAGGGAGAAGAUAAGUGAACUCAACAUUGUAGAAAAUCUGCUGAUGAUUUUACAUGAAUAUGACUUGCUUUCCAAAAGAUUAACCGCAGAGUUACUGCGCCUACUUUGUGCCGAACCCCAGGUAAAGGAGCAGGUGAAGCUCUAUGAGGGGGUACCCAUCCUCCUCAGCCUGCUCCACUCGGACCACCUGAAGCUGCUCUGGAGUGUUGUCUGGAUUCUGGUUCAGGUUUGUGAGGACCCUGAGACCAGUGUGGAAAUUCGCAUUUGGGGAGGCAUCAAGCAGCUUCUUCAUAUUUUACGAGGAGACAGAAAUUUUGUUUCUGAUCGUUCUUCCAUCGGCAGCCUGUCGAGUGCAAAUGCGGCAGGCAGAAUCCAGCAGCUUCAUUUGUCAGAAGACCUAAGCCCUCGGGAAAUACAAGAAAAUACUUUUUCUCUUCAAGCAGCCUGCUGUGCUGCCCUCACGGAGCUGGUGCUGAACGACACCAACGCCCAUCAGGUGGUCCAGGAAAAUGGUAUAUAUACAAUAGCAAAGUUAAUUUUACCAAACAAACAAAAGAAUGCAGCAAAAACUAAUCUGUUACAGUGUUACGCGUUCAGAGCAUUGAGGUUUCUAUUCAGUAUGGAAAGAAACAGACCACUCUUUAAAAGGCUUUUUCCCACCGACCUGUUUGAGACCUUCAUCGAUAUAGGACAUUAUGUUCGUGAUAUCAGCGCUUAUGAAGAAUUGGUAUCCAAGUUGAAUUUGUUAGUGGAUGAUGAACUGAAGCAAAUUGCUGAAAAUAUUGAAAGCAUUAAUCAGAAUAAAGCUCCUUUGAAAUACAUAGGCAACUAUGCAGUUCUGGAUCAUCUUGGAAGUGGGGCUUUCGGCUGUGUUUACAAGGUUAGAAAGCGUAGUGGUCAAAAUCUUUUGGCAAUGAAAGAGGUCAAUUUACAUAACCCAGCAUUUGGAAAGGAUAAAAAAGAUCGAGACAGCAGUGUAAAGAAUAUUGUUUCUGAAUUAACCAUAAUUAAAGAGCAGCUCUAUCAUCCCAAUGUUGUACGCUAUUACAAAACAUUUCUGGAAAAUGAUAGGUUAUAUAUAGUUAUGGAGCUGAUAGAAGGGGCCCCUCUUGGAGAGCAUUUCAGUUCUUUGAAGGAAAAACAGCAUCAUUUUAUUGAAGAAAGACUAUGGAAAAUAUUUAUACAGCUGUGCUUAGCUCUUCGGUACUUACACAAGGAAAAGAGGAUUGUCCACAGAGAUCUAACGCCAAACAACAUUAUGUUGGGGGAUAAGGACAAAGUAACAGUGACUGACUUUGGGCUGGCAAAGCAAAAACAAGAAAACAGUAAACUAACAUCUGUUGUUGGAACAAUCCUGUAUUCCUGCCCUGAGGUACUGAAGAGCGAGCCGUAUGGGGAGAAGGCUGAUGUCUGGGCGGCAGGCUGCAUCCUUUAUCAGAUGGCAACUCUGAAUCCUCCCUUCUACAGCACCAACAUGCUCUCCCUGGCUACAAAAAUAGUGCAGGCGGUAUAUGAACCAGUGCCAGAAGGCACCUACUCUGACAAAGUGACAGAUACCAUCAGCAGGUGCCUCACUCCUGAUGCAGAAGCCCGCCCAGAUAUUGUAGAAGUCAGCUCGAUGAUAUCAGAUGUCAUGAUGAAGUAUUUAGACAACUUAUCUACAUCCCAGCUGGCUUUGGAGAAGAAGCUGGAACGGGAACGGAAGCGCACGCAGAGGUACUUUAUGGAAGCCAAUCGGAAUGCUGUCACAUGUCACCAGGAGCUGGCUCUGUUAUCUCAUGACACCUUUGAGAAGGCAAGCUUGAGUAGCAGUAGCAGUGGAGGCACCAGCCUGAAGAGCGAACUUUCAGAAAGCGCAGACCUGCCCCCCGAGGGCUUCCAGGCCCCCUGCGGUAAGGAUGAAGACAGGGCCUGUGAUGAAAUCCUGUCCGAGGAGACCUUCAACUUGGAAAAUAUUGACAAAGACAUGUACUCAGAGCUAGAUGAGGAAUUGGACAUUUCGGACAACUCCAUCAGCUCCAGUUCGAGCCCUGUGAAAGAAUCUACAUUCAGCAUUUUAAAGAGAAGUUUUAGUGCCUCGGGAGGAGAAAGACAGUCCCAAACAAGGGACUUCACUGGUGGAAUAGGAUCCAGACCAAGACCAGCUUUGCUGCCUCUUGACCUGCUUCUGAAAGUACCACCCCUCAUGCUCAGGGCCCACGUUAAGGAGCUAGAGGCCGAGUUAGUGACGGGGUGGCAGUCCCAUAGCCUUCCCGCUGUGAUUCUUCGCAAUCUCAGAGAUCAUGGGCCACAGAUGAGCACAUUCUUGUGGCAAGCAUCUGCAGGGAUUGCUGUGUCCCAGAGGAAAGUACGACAGAUCAGUGAUCCUAUUCAGCAGAUCUUAAUUCAGCUGCACAAAAUCAUCUACAUCACACAGCUUCCUCCAGCUUUGCACCACAAUUUGAAAAGAAGGGUUAUAGAGAGAUUCAAGAAAUCCCUCUUCAGCCAGCAGAGUAACCCUUGCAAUUUGAAAUCUGAAAUUAAAAAGUUAUCUCAGGGAUCUCCAGAGCCAAUCGAGCCCAACUUUUUCACAGUGGAUUACCAUUUAUUACGUCAUUCAUCAAGUGGAAACAGCCUGUCCCCAGAUGACCCAACAGGUCUGUGCACCAGCUUUGAUUUGGAGGAGGGAAUAACGUAUGAACAGAUGCAGACUGUGAUUGAAGAAGUCCUAGAAGAAAGUGGCUAUUACAACUUUAAAUCUAACAGAUAUCACUCCUAUCCAUGGGGGACCAAGAAUCACCCAACCAAAAGAUGAAAACCCUGCAUUUUGAACAGACUUGGUUUUCCUAGUGAAGCUCAGGUUCUGGACUUCAGCUCAACCAGAUGCCCAGGGAUUGGGAGCUGCUGGAAGGGUGUGGAAAAGACAAGACCGAGCUGCCAUGGCACCUGCAAGGCCUCUUUCUGGAGGUCCUGUGCUAGGUUACGUGGCCGCAGCAGUGUGGGAAGGCUCUGCUCCUCGCAUCCAGCAGGCACGAGAGGACAGGGCUCUCGGCGUGCUGCUGGGAGAAAAUGCUGCAAAAUUCAUCUGUGGGAAGAAAACUCGCUCCUCACAGAACUUUUCCUCCACAUUAAAAAACAAGAGAAAACAAAACAAACACACACACAAAAAGUCAUAUUUUUCAACAGAAUAUUUUAUAUUUAGAGUUGCCGAAACUACAUUUAAAGGCAUCUAGCCUUCCAUGUAUAAAAAUAGUUUUAGAGAGAGAAAAUUACAGGCCCCAGAGUAAUAAUAUAUUGGGUGAUUCACUGUAUUCCCCCAUUUUUUUUUAUUUUAAAAGAAAUUCAAAAUAGGUGAUUGAAUUUUGUUGUUUUUGUUGUUGUUGUUUUUAAGGAAAGGAUUGGUUCUCUCUUAACCACUUGGGUGCUAGUGGUCUAAAGACGGUAGACAGUAUUUGUAACCUUGCACAGCCUCUGGGAAUAACUGUCAAAUUGUCGGAUGUAAGCUACACUAAUAGAAUAUAUUGCUGUACAAUGUCUAUAUACAUAUAGAAGGGGGGAGGGAGGAGAGGUUUUGAUUAGGCUAAUGCUUUGCUGCUAAUCAAACUUAUAGUGUUUUUAGAGCACUUUGAAGACUUCAUGGAAUCUAUGAAAGAGAUGCAAUAUUCCCUAUUCUAAUUCCCUUCUUACUAAAAUUAGCCCCAUUGUUUUACAGUUUUUAUUAUUUGAGAAUUUGAAAUGAAAAUAAGCUAUAUAACGAAAUAUAAGUCCCUUCUUUAUUCACCGAGACAUCCCUAAAAACAUAAGAAAUCAGAACACCAAAUAGUGUUUUGUUCCUUUGUAGGGAGACUUUAUGAUGAAAAUUCUCUAGAUUCUUAUUGGGCUAAAAUCUCUUCAACUGGCUUCUGUUCACUGGUGGAUCACCAAGACCUGCCCUUAUUGCCAAGUCAGACUGCACUUCUAACUGCUUAAAGGGCAUUCUAAUUCUAUAUAAUUAGUCAUCUGAAAGCUGGAAUUCUGCUUUUUAUUUACUUCUCACUCAGUUCUGGUAUCUUUAUUUACACUGAUAUAUUUUUAGCAUCAUUGAACAGGAUUUAGUUGAAUAUAUUUUACAGUGCCUGAAACCUAAGAACCUUUUGUAUAGUAUGGAAAAUCUCGUAAUGUGAAUCCAUACUAUUUUUACAAUCUGUACAUCCAAAACUUAAAAGAUCUCCAAAUGUCCUUUAACUAAUGCCUUUGAAAAUUGCCAACGAAUCUUUGUCUUUAAGCCAAAUUAAUGAUUACAAAUACACUGUAAUUUUAAAUAACAGAUGCAAUUACAGUAAUGAAAAAUGUCAGUUUCAGCCGUCAAACCAAUUCCAUCCAUAUGUGAAAUUUAUGUGUAAAAUUAAAAUGCUAUGAUUUUAUUGACUUGCCCAGGUAAAAUUUUAUUUCCAUCCCAACUGAAUUUGAACUUGCACUAUUAUUUUUUGUAUCUGUUCCUGUAUGGAAUGGGCACCUUUCCUCACUGUGUAGGGGGCACAGGCCUACAGGGGCAUAAAUUGUAAUUGUGAUAGAAGCCAACACCUGGAAAGAAACCAAGCUGUGGGUGAAAGUUUGAACAAUAAAGUUCUUUUUCAAAUGAUAAUAUAUGCUCAACAACAUUUAGAAGAGAAGAGUAGUCAGAGGUCACACCUUAGUAAAAAAAAUAAAAAAGAAAAAAAAAAUGAUUUAUUUAAAGGUGUUUUCAAAUGCACACAGUUGCCCUUAUUGACCAGAAAGGGAGCAAAAUGUUUCCAUCUAUUUCUUUUAGACCAUAGAAGUGGCAUUUAUUAUUCUAGAAGCCAGUACGGAUUAACAAAGAUAAACACACGGAUGUCCUGUUCAACAGCAGCUUUAGGCCUGUCACCUCUAUGCUGACAGAUGCAUUCUUUUGCCAAAGUCAUGAAUGUGUUUUAUUUGAUUCCCUUCUUAAACUACCAGUCACUGGAUCCACAUUCUCCCGGUGCAAGGGCAGGCCUCCGAGAAAAAGUUAGGCACUGGGAAGGAAUCCCUUUUGGGUAUGGAGUCUCAUCCCAACAGUGAUGUUACCUUUUCAAAAGCCCUCACUUUCUAACUCUCCAACCAGGAGUCCCCUGUCGUCACAAAAGAACAAGAAUGAUCAUUUUGUUUUCACUCUGAACUGCGUUGUAGUGCAAAGAAGUUGUUGAGUGUAAUCGGCCUCGUAGUUUUUUCUUGAUUACAUUUAAAUUUUUUCUUUUUCUCUUGUAUAUAAUUGUUAAUUAUUUGUUGUGCAAUGAAAUCCCCAUCUAACUCUCUGUCACUGAAUAUUUGUAUAGGACAGAAUCUGAAUCAGUCUUUUCAGAUCACUUUGGAUACACACAUGCCUCAGUUAAUUGUGUUUUGAUCUACCAACUCUGCAUGUGUGCACUUGAAACCUGAAUUUGCUUUUUAAAACCAGAAUGUUCCAUUUUCAGGGAAGUGACUGCAGCAGGCACAUGUGCUUGCCGGUUGUUAACCUUGUCUUCUUCCAGAUAUUUGAUAUGUAAUUGGAGGUCCCUAAGGAAUAGUAACGUGGACAGUGGACCCAGUGCUCAUGGGCAAAUUUCAGGAACUUGCUAGAGAAAGGCUGUUUGGGUAUAAUGUGGACACUUGUGUGGCACCGGGCAGUGUGCACAGCGUGGGCAUUCUAAAGCAGACCCUAAUUAAGAAAUGCUGUUAUGAAGUUAACCCAAAUGAUGGAACUGAGUGGGAGUCAAGGUCUUCUUAGAGGUACCAUCUAUGACUUAUUAAAUACCAUGAAUUUUGAUGAUCAAAAACAAAUACAGGACCAGUUGACUACAUGCAAUUCCAGCAAUAGCAUCAGUUUUUCACCACUCAUAUCUAAGAUGUGUGAGGGCAAUAAUGUGUAGUCAAUUCCGUCAGUAUUAAUAUGCAUAGAAUCCACAUCCCUCUGGUUGAUUUGCUGACUCGCAAAAUAUUUUUAUUGCUAUUUCUCUCUCUUCUUUGGAAUGACGAGGGACCAUGUGCAGUAAAUAUGUUGGAUUCCUUUAGAAAUGGCUUCGGCUUCUGUUGGAAGGUGGGAAAUGCUUCUUUGUAAGGUACUUUUAUUGUUUGCCUUUCACUUUUUCUAUGGUGUGUAUUCACAAUACAGAAAUCAGCUGGAGAGGCAAUGCAAAGGAAUCAGGGUGAAGCACAUCUUCAGCACCUCAGAGAUGCAGCUAUCAUGUACUGACCUUGUCUCUUGGGGGUGAAAUUCCAUCAAAACAUGAAAUUCUUCAUGUUCAACAACUACAUGUGAUAAUAAGUAUAUUUUAUGUACCUUUAUAUCUUCCAGAUAGUAUCCUUUGAUGGAAAUGGACAGGGUUUGGGAUAGAUUAUUUUUCCCACUGAAGUGUGCUGCUUACCCUUAGACGCUAUUUUUCAUAUUGAUAGGAAGACACAAAUGUCUCAGGGAAACUUUGCGAUAAAGAGGUUCUUAUGUGUGUCAUUGCAGUUAAAUUGCAUAUUGUAAAUAUGACUGUUAUGCUUGAUUACAUUCCUGCCGUGAUGUUGCUUUGAGAUCUGCAACAGCGACAGGAAGGAUUUUAUGAUUUUGACGGAGUGACUGAUGGAUAUUGCAAAUUUACAUGUCCUCUGGGUCCAUGGGCAACAGUUGUUUUCAAAAUGAAGAUCACACACCCUAGGAGUGUAACAGCAUUGUUGGGAUGUGAGCUAUGUUUGAUUUUUUUUUUUUUUACUACAUAUAUGUAGUAAUGAACCGAUUUUUAAAUUUAAAAAUUCAUUGAUUUUUAUCCUAAAAGUGAACUCUCUUCUCAAUUGAAGCUUGAAUAUUAUUCCUCAACCUGUAGCAAGUGGCCUCUUUUUCCCAUUUCGUACUAUGAAGCUCUGCUCUGUACCCAGGAAUUGUAUUUAGAGGUAGCAGAAGUGCAUUCAUUACAGCUAAUAUGUGACUGUUUAAAGGCUGUCAUUUGGAGGUAGCUUCCCUUUGUUUCCUCUGAACGGAGAUAGAAGUUUUGUUGUUUAUAGAAAACCAGGUAAUCAGCAAGUCUGGACAGAUGCUUGGAAUUGAUCUGGUGAGCUCACAAAUGAAAAAUGAGCUGACGUUUCUGCAAACAUGUCAUGAACUGGUCCCCAUAAAACAAGCGGAGAGAGGUUUGGACUAGAAUAACAAAUCAAGAGGAACCAAAGCUUUAAGGCCUUAGCACCUGUAAGUCAGACUGCAGAGGUCACUUAGAAAAUAAUAUUCUUAAUCCGUGAUUCAGUUCUACGUUUCAAGCACCACUUGAGUCAGAAUUCUGGAAAGAAAUAGAAUGCUUACGAAUGGCUAUUAAAUUUUAGCUUUCCUUGCCCUUCAUACAAGUAUGUUUACCUCAUACUUCAGUAAAUUUGGAAGGUAAUGGAGCUGGUUUAAGGAUACCCUAUAUCAAGAAGGGAUGUGUGAAGUAUUUGUAUGAACCCCACGUAGCAUUGAGGGAGGCAUAUAAGUAGAAGUACUCAGAAGUGAAGUCCUAGCUUGUUAAGGAUAAAAGAUGACUCUUUCAAAGAGGUAGAACAAUCUACAAAUAAAAACUGAGAAGUCACAGGGCAAGUAGAAGGCAAGGGGUGUCCCAGAGCCCGGCAUCUCCCAGCAGGCCAGUCACAGGAUGGUGGGCGGUUGGCAGGAGGCCAGGCAGUUCCCGAUGCUUCACUGAUUCCUGCCUCUGAGUCUCCUGGAUCAGGUGUCUUCCCCCACGUGCAGUUACUGAUCAACUGAUCACUGUCACCUGUGAGCUGAAAACCCCAGCGAGUAGCAGAUGGGCCCCUAAGGCUCCCUAGUAACGUGUUGGUCCAGACCUUAGGACAGGGUCCCUGUGAAGCAUUCUGAAGACAUUAGCCUCCUCAGGGACACAGUUUUGUCUUGUGGUUCUGCCCUCUGCCACUGGUACCAUGUUUGCUUCCCCAUCUUUCAUCCAUGGCCUUAGGCCUGUUUUGUUUGACAAAAUAAAUUUUACCAGAAAUAUGUGUGGAUGUUCUAUAGAUAAAUGCAGGCAGAUUUGAAUACAUUUACACUUGGCUAGAUCAGAAAGAAGCAUUUCAAGGUAUUUCAGUUGUUUGCAAACAAACCAGUUGAUAAUCAGGCUACGGAAAGAUGCCAUCGUGUUGCUCUUCCAAAAUGGGAAACAAAAAUCACUCCAAAGGACCAUCUUUUAAGUGCAUUCUGUGUACUGACAUUUAGUGGAUCGAAACUGAGUUACGAUGCUUCCUGUAUUCUGUUGUUCCCAGUGGUGAGUCUGUGACGAUCAAAAAGGACAGAGCUGUCCUCUGAGAAAAAGUACAGCCCCUAAUCUCAUGUUGCCCAAAGCUUCCGUGUUCUGGACCACCACAGGUCCUCAGUGCCCACAGAAUGGGAAAGUACCUUUCAUUUGCUUUUUUCCCCCUUAGCUUCUAGGAGCAGGUCCUUUUCUGUUCCAGUCCCACCCACAGGCCUCUCUGCUGUCUGGCCCUACCUCCACUCCCAUUCCUACCGGAAGAGCAGACUGUUAGAAGGUUACCUGCAGGGAGCCCGCGUUGUUAGAGGGAAUGUUCGGAGUUCUGUGGUGGUACGUGGUAGGGAAGGCAGAAGGAUGAUGGACUUCUUUCUCUGCACGUGAUUCCGUCCUCCCCAAACUCCAACAAAACCUCUGGUGUGAGUGUACUGAGACUCUGAAGUAACGAAGCUGGGGGCCCUGGAAGAGAAGAGAAAUGCCAUGCCUCUAUGAAAGAUUUAUAUAAAAGAUGCGAGUGGCCUUUAUUUUUGCUAUUGCUUAAAUAUGCUCUGUAAGAUGCUAAAGAAAAUUAAAAAUGAAUUUUCAAUCUUA